UCGAGCUGAGAAGACGCACAGAAGAGCCCCCCCCCCCCAAAGAAAAGAUCAUCCCUCUUCAGAGUGGAGAAGAAAACGAACGACUUCGAUACUUUAACACUGCAUCGCCCAUCUUAACCAUCGCAAAGAAGUGUGGAGAGAAGAGUGAGAGAGAGACUCUCGCAGGAGUUAUGAAGUGCAUCGCCGUGAGAAUCAGUGCUCGAUCGAGAGCGCAUUGGGUCAAUGGGCCACCGUCGGAUGUUCAUUGCCAUUGAGUGUGUCGCGCGAACUCCUCAGGACUCUCUCGCCGCCCCCAAAACCCCGUGAAGUAGUUUACUCAAGUGCAAAAUCACCCCUUCAGCCAAAAGUGUGGACUCUCUCUCUGUGGAUAACAGCCGAUCACGUCCUGUGGAUUAAUUAAAACCCGAGAUCCUGCGCGCUGCGUGCCUUCCCGACACCCUGGCGAGGAUGCACCGAAAGGCCAACGCUGUGACGGUGGCUCUGGACCAGUCGCCGGCCGAUCCGGCCGCGGACACGAACAACAACAGCACGAAGAAGAACGAGAAGUACUCGCUGCGCCAGCGCCAGCGCAGGGAUUCGCGCCACUCGGCGCAGAACAGCUCCGGCUCAUCGUCGCCGGAGUUGCGCGGCGUGCGCGAGAAGCCCAAAUCCAAGGCGGCGCCGCUGAGCAAGUAUCGGCGGAAAACGGCGAAUGCGCGCGAAAGGACGCGCAUGCGCGAGAUCAACAGCGCCUUCGAGAGUCUGCGCCAGUGCGUGCCGAUCUCGAUGUGCGGCACCGCGCAGGCGUGCUCGCCGUCCAACGAGAAACUCACGAAGAUCACCACCCUGCGCCUCGCCAUGAAGUACAUCCGCACGCUGAGCGAGUGCCUGUCGCGAAGUGCGUCCAGUGAUAGUAGCGUCUUAGUCAAUAACAAUAGCCUAAGUGUUAACAACAAUUGCAAGCCUGACGAGGAGGAGCGCAAGCGCAAGAAGAAGGACCUCAGCCCGUGCCUCACGCCGCCCAUGGACGACAGCCCGGCGGACCUGGGCCUGAUCCUGGAGUCCGACGGCGAGAGCCUACAGCUGUCCGAGCCCUGCCUGAGUCCGCUGGCGCAGACCAUGAAGCCCUUCGGCGCCGCCGACAGCCUGGAGCUGGGCCUGUUCCUCGAGUCGGACAGCGAGUCGCUGCAGCUGUCCGAGCCCUGCCUCAGCCCCCUGGGGCCGCUGGACCCCUUCGGCGACGACUGGAUCCACUCCGGCUUCUCCGAACAUUCCGCCCUCGACAUCUACCUGACGUGACCCGUCCCUCCUGUACAUAGACCGCCAUAUUUAUUGUUUUUGUAUCUUGUGAAAUACGUGGUUUACAAUUCUCACUGUGUCAUACUAAGUUAAAAAGUGCUAACAAAGUGGCGCCCAGCGCGUCCACUCUAAUCAUUUCGAAGCAGAAACUCUUAGUUUGUAAGUUCUACGCACGCAAUUUCCCUCUAAACUCAAACUUCAAGUCAAAAUCCAGCCGACAAUCAGUGGCAGAAUGAGGUAAAAGUCGCUAGAUGAUUUUCGGGGACAAAUAGCCGCCAGAGGGCAGCAAAGUUGGCGUGGGGGACGCUAUUAACAUCGAAUUUUCACAUAAUUUCCUCUCUUCUCAAGCAUUCUCACGCUCUAAGACUUCCUGGCGUGAUCCUGGCCAGGAAAGAAGGAAACUUGAGGCGAUAAAGUUUAAAAGACAUGUCAGAGUUCCGAUUAUAUUUCCCAAAGGCAAGUUUUUCCCUGUGAUUAGAGCGUUAGACUGUUUCUUCUUGCUUUAAAUGGCAUUUAUUGGUCAAAAUACAAUCGAGACUUUAACGUGUCUUGAAACUGCUGCCCUCUAGCGUCAAACUGCGAAGAAAUUCAAUAAAAAUGGAGUAAAAAUGAUUGAAUUAUCACAAAAUCAGUGGUCUGGAAAUCGCGAGUGACUUUUCCUCCCGCGGACAUUUAAUGACAGCAAAUUGAAAAUGGCAAUUGAAUUGCCAAUAGCGCAAUAGAUGGCAUUUUAAUGGCUUGCAAAAAAGAGUGUCUUCAAGGAUUAAGUCAACAAUUGUCGACUGGAAUUUGAUUCUAAAUUAACUUUAUCUGUCUCUUAAAUUCCUCAUCGCAUUCUCGCUCUCUUAUAAAUGCUUCUCUCGGGCUAAUUUAAAUAAUAAAUAAUACACACGCGGUUUGACUGGAAAACAAUUUGAACACGUACUUAAAAACAGCCACAAUUUCUAUCCAUCCAAUCUAUCUCUUAUUUCCACAUCUCGACAAGCUUUCCGGCCUUCGAAAUCUCCCAAGCAAAUCUCUCACACGAUGUUAUUGUUAAUAUUUUAUAUAGGAUUAUUAGACAUGCAUAAAAUGUAAGGUAAUUGCAUCAACUCUUCGCGCAUGCGAUUAAUUUAAUUAGAUGUCUCACAAUUUGCAGGAAAAAAAAGAAGGAGAAAUCAUUGGAGAAUUUGCGUGUAAAUACAAAGCUAAGGAGUAGCGUUAGAGCGGAGCAAUUAGCGAAGAAUAUUCGUCCAUAAUAGCGAUCUGUGCAUAUCUCUUUUUAGUCUUAAUAAAUUAAUAGUCAUUAAGCACACACACACACACUGCAAGUCCCAAUAUAGGAACUUUGUGCGACGCCUGGUAAUUGCAAUAUUAGACAAUCCCGCGACUCAUCACGGAGUCCGCAAGUCCCGCUCCUUUUCCGUGCUAAUUUCUCAAUUUCCGUGCCAUUAAGAGCCUCCCUCUCGCCAUAUAUCCUGCACAACGCCUUCUCGCGUCAUCGCCAAUCGCGCCCAAUUAAGCCAACUCAUUACAGAGCUAUUAGAAUACAAUUAGUCUCUCCGCGGCUCACGACGGCGCAGCUUCUCUUGACAUAUUUGUCCAUGAGCGUCUCUGGCAUUGUCUCUAUUGAGACCCACACAGGUCGGCGCAUUAGCGGGCCUCUGACACACGUCAGCGACCGUUAAUAGGAAAAUUCAAUUGCGCACUACAGAUUUAUUAUGCACACCGAACCGCUCAACACCAUCGCAGAUGAUCUGAAGCCACUGAUAGCUGAAUGCCUGCCAAGUGACACUCAAAUCCGAAGGUUUACCAUCGAAUCCAGGGGGAGAUAAUGUGCCUUCAAUCUGUACACUACGUUAAUUCCCAAAUUAUAGUGAAUCUCUUGAGAUUUCAUUGGAUAUUUCUGCAUGAAUCCAUUUAAAAGCGCCUUUUUUCGACACAUUUUCCGAACAUAACCUCAAAAUAUCACCAAGAAAUCCUUAAGAAACUCCAUUUGACGGCUUUCUAGAUUUGCCAAUGAUCUUAAAAUUGCUGAUUCACAGUCAGAAUUGUCCGGAAAUUUGUCUAAAUGGACAUUUUCCAAGUCCAGAAGGCUAUUUUUGAGGUUAUGUUCAAUCUCAACACAAAUUUGCAGUGUUUCUUGGCAUCGAAAGGUCAAAAAAGCACUGUCAAUUGCUUACAAAUGGUUCAUUCUGUCAAAAACUAGUAGAAUUUAUGAGUUAGAAAGCGAAUUAUUCACUAAAUCUGUCCUUUAUUUGUUACAUAACCUAGAAAAAAGAUUCUUACGUUUGUUUCUGCGUGAAAAUCGAAGGAAAUUCAAAGAAUCUGGAUGGUUUGUCAGUAAAAGAAACACUCAGAAGCACUCCUUAAGUACUUCUGCUCAGUUUUACACCACUUCUGACUGUAUUAUCUCCCCCUUGCAUCGAAUAGAACGUUGAUAAGCAUUCGGAAUGUGUGGCAGAAUCGUUUCUCAACACCUCAAAGAUUUGUAGCUUAUUUUCAGAGCUUUCAAAUGAAUUCACAAUCACUUUGAUCGGAUAAUUAGGAGAGAAGAUUCAAAUAGUGCCAUCUAGUGGCAAUUCCUGCGUUCGACCAUGGGUUCUCGAUGGUUGCGCCAAAUUACAAGAUAUCCUAAAAGCGCCGAAAAUCGUCAAUUGUCAACCUCUUGUAAGCGUUGUUUGCCACCAUCAAAGGCAUUUUAAAAGUCACAGAGACCUAAAUAGCAACAAAUUUGCAAAAUUCCCGCGAGAUUUUUCUCACUCGCAAAGCCACAUUGAAGAAUGUCUUGGGCGAAAAUUCCCUGAAUUCUCAAUCAUUCCACAAAUGCCUUCUCUUGCAUAUUGCAUUAAGUAUUCACGGUUCCAUUGAGAAACUAAGAAACUUCCACUAACUCUCUCUCUCUCUCUGUCUUCCUAGCUUUAAGUGCCUCUGUAGUGUUAAUUCACUGUUACCUUUUUUUAUGCGAUAAGUGGAGAGAAGAGAAGAGAUGAUAUCUUAAUGUUAAGAUGAAAUACGACACUAAGAAAACUUUAUAUAUAUAUAUACACGAUUUUAAGGAAGCUCUUUUGUACGACAACUUCAGCCUUUUCUUCCUCUUUUUCUCUCUUUCUCUCUUUUUCUACCAUCUAAGAAACACACGAGAAGUUUUUUAUAUAUUAUUUUUAUACUCUUAUGUAAAUAUUAAUUUAAAAGAAAGACCGAAUGUGCUGAGAAUAAAAUUGAAAGAUGGAUUUUU